CGAGUUUAAAUAAAGACAAAUUAAAGCAUAGCAAUGAUUAAUUUAAUAAAGGAUUGAAGGGAGAAUAAAAGGAGGGGUGGAUUAGUAAUUAGCAGUAGCAUGAAUUGCUAGGAAUCCUACGCACCACCCACUUUGGCGUUAAAUCUUGGUUUGGUAAAUUAUUUGAUUUGAUGAGAAGAGUUGAAAGUUUAAUGGGAGAGGGUUGUUUGUUUUGUGAUUGGGUGGUGGAGCAAAGUAAUUAACAUUUUGGAUUAAUUAAUUAAUGGCAUAUAGGAGAAGGCAUGGAGUAUCGAGGAGUUCCACCUUCAAGGAAGAGAUUAAUAGUAAUGGGCAAGAAUUAUUAUUAGAUAACAACAACUCAGAUGAUAAUAAUAAUAAUAAUAAUAAUAAUAUAAUUGCUGCAAACGCUCCUCCUCCUUCACUUUUGACGUCUAAUAAUUCCUCCCUUGCUGCUCAGGCCAUCAAAGCCUCUGCUGCUCGUUAUGAUCCCUCUCUUUCCUUUGCUUUCUCCAAAUCAUCUUUAGGUCCGGAAAAUGAUCAUCAUCAUAGAUCCAAGAGCUUUGAUUCUUACGGGGAUGCUUCCAAGUCUGGUAUUUGGAGCGUACUCGCACAAAAAGCUAAAGAAAUUUUGGAGGAUGAUGAUAAUUCAUCCACACAAACACCCAGAUCACACUCUUUUAAUACCACCAUCAUACCCGGUGCUCGAAAUCAGGAAUUAGCUGCUGGUCGAACAGUUGUGGAGAGUAGGCUAAAAGGAUCGUGUGAAAAUGAUGAUCACGCCAAUCAUCACGAAACACAACUCAAGGCAUCUCGCGACGUGGCAAUGGCAACAGCUGCCAAAGCAAAGUUACUUUUACGAGAACUAAAAACCGUGAAAGCAGAUUUGGCUUUCGCUAAAUCACGUUGCGCUCAACUAGAAGAAGAAAAUAAACUACUCCGUGAUAAGGAGGGUCGCGAGAAGGGACUAAAUCGUGCAGAUGAUGAUCUGAUCCGGCUUCAAUUGGAGACACUUCUUACAGAAAAGGCUCGGUUGGCAAGUGAGAAUGAGGUGUACUCUCGCGAAAACCGUUUUCUAAGGGAAUUUGUAGAAUAUCAUCAGCUGACUAUGCAGGAUGUGGUGUAUUUCGAUGAAGACAUGGAAGAAGAAGAAGUCACUGAGCUUUAUGUCUCUCAACUACCAUCUCGAUCCAUGCACACUAAAUCUAUUUUUACUACUGUCCCACAACAACAACAACAACACCAGGCUUCUCCUACUCCUAGUGCUAGUAUGACUAUUCCGCCCUCCAUUUCUAAGGAUCAACAUGCAAAAUGAUCCAUCCAUCCUUUUCAUUUAUAUUAUAUAUAUAUAUAUAGCUAAUUAGCUUAAUUAAUUAGAUGCCAAAUUAAGGGGAAAAUACGCGACAUCACAUGGCCUGGGGAUAAGUCAUUAGUGUUGUAUUCCCAACUAAAUAUAUUUGUUAAUCAAUUGAUCAUGACCGAUCGGAUGUCACUUUGUCUUGGUAGUUUUUUGAUUCCUUUGGCAAAUUUUAUCUAAUUCAA